GAGUGAAAUUCUCAUUCCAUGGGUAUUACCAUGCCUGUGGGGUUGGCAGUUCUUAAAGUUUAGCUAGUCUGCAAAUAACUCAACACAAUAGAGUCCCCCCCUCCCUUCCUCUCUCUCUCUCUUUUUUUUUCUUUUCCUGCUUCCAAACGCCUUCUUGGAGGCUGAAGCUGGGCAGGUCUCCAAAGGUGCAGCAGCCACAACAAUCCCGCAGUUCAAAGUUAAGCAGCAGUUGCACAACUUCCAGCAACUCUCUCAGCCGGCUGCUAAUGAGCUGAAACCCCUGAACAUCUGAGGAGGUGAGGAGGGAGCUCCAGUCCUUCUUCCUUCGCCCCAGAAAUCCAGAAAAACCCAGCUCCCACAGCCCUGGCCACUUGGAGAUUCUGUACCUGUUGCUGACUCGCCUGGUAGACCAUGGCUCCCUUUGGAAAAAACUUGCUAAAGACUCGGCAUAAAAACAGAAAGAAGAUUUGAGUACUUAGGUCCCUGCCACCCACAUGCGAGACACGAAUGGCAUUCCAGGCUCAUGGCUUUGGCCUGGUCCAGCCCUGGCUACUGUCUCCCACUAAAGACAUGGAUUCCGAAGAGAGGGAAAUUGUGGUUUGGGUUUGCCAAGAGGAGAAGAUUGUCUGCGGCUUAACGAAACGCACCACCUCCGCUGACGUCAUCCAGGCCCUGCUCGAGGAACACCAGACAACGUUUGGAGAAAAACGAUUUCUUCUGGGGAGCCCCAGCGACUACUGCAUCCUGGAGAAGUGGAGGGGCUCCGAGCGGGUGCUUCCUCCACUGACUCGAAUCCUGAAGCUUUGGAAGGCUUGGGGAGACGAGCAGCCCAACAUGCAGUUUGUCUUGGUGAAAGCAGACGCCUUUCUUCCAGUUCCCUUGUGGCGGACAGCGGAGGCCAAAUUAGUGCAAAACACAGAAAAACUGUGGGAGCUAAGCCCAGCCCAUUACAUGAAGACAUUGCCACCAGAUAAACAAAAAAGAAUCGUCAGAAAAACGUUCCGGAAACUGGCUAAAAUUAAACAGGAUACAGUGUCGCAUGAUCGAGAUAACAUGGAGACGCUCGUUCAUCUGAUUAUUUCCCAAGACCAUACCAUUCAUCAGCAAGUCCGAAGAAUGAAAGAGCUGGAUCUGGAAAUUGAGAAGUGUGAGGCUAGGUUUCACUUAGAUCGGGUAGAAAACGAUGGAGAAAACUAUGUUCAGAAUGCAUAUUUAAUGCCCAGUUUCAGUGAAGUGGAGCAGAAGCUAGACUUGCAGUGCGAGCAAAACCAGUUUCUGGAGGACCUGAGUGAAAGUGAUGGAGUGGUACAGCUGGAAGAGCGGCUGAAAUAUUACAGGAUGCUCAUUGAUAAGCUCUCCAUCGAGAUAGAAAAGGAGGUGAGAAGCGUUUGCGUUGACGCGGGUGAAGAUGCAGAAGGGGCAACUGGGAGUGAACUGGAAAGCUCCAAUUUGGAAAGCGUGAAGUGUGAUUUGGAGAAGAGCAUGAGAGCUGGUUUGAAAAUCCACUCUCAUCUGAGUGGCAUCCAGAAAGAGAUUAAAUAUAGUGACUCAUUGCUUCAGAUGAAAGCAAAAGAGUAUGAACUGCUGGCCAAGGAGCUCGAUUCGAUUCACAUUAGCAACAAGGAUGGAUGUCAGCUAAAGGAAAACAGAGGGAAGGAAUCAGAAGCUCCCAACGGCGACGGGGCGGUUCCUCCCUUCACUCAAAGAGUAUUUAACACUUACACCAAUGACACAGACUCAGACACUGGUAUCAGCUCUAACCACAGUCAGGACUCUGAGAACACUGCAGGAGACCUGGUGUUGUUGUCAACAUAAUUUAAAUGGGCUUUUCCGAUCUGCUUGAAUGUUGUCUGUGUUUGCGUAAUUUAAUAGGAAACUUUAUUUGAAAUACUACUUUCUGAAAAUUGUGAAUCAUGUUAAAGUAUUCGGUAGUUAGUAAAAACUAGUGAACUCCAUUUUUUUUUUUGGUUAUAAGAUUUCCAGUAUGACCUUAAGUAUUACCUUAAGAAUUUCAAGAAUGAACUAUCAGAAAAGUAGCAGAAUGAGCCUGUAGGUAUAGAACACAGAAAUAAUUGAGAAUCAUAGAUAAUUUAUCACAGCUUCAAUGAAAAAUGAUUUAUAUAAGCUAACAAUUCUUAAUAGUGGAUAGUCAAAAUACUGAAACUUCAAACAUGACAGAAGUAAAAUUAAAACAUACUGAAACAUCUUUUUUUCUGCAUUGCCAUUGAAAUUUGUAAAAGAAAAUGGCAGCUACUAUGUUGUAACUAUAUUAAUCUAAAUCUUUGUUCUUUUAAUAUUUAGUCUGUGUAACUUACUAAGUCUGUCACUUCUUGAGCCCUUUACCUUUUAGGUUUAAGUGACAAGUUGCUCUGGAGACACGAAUAACGACUGGCAGUGUAUUAGACACAGUGGAGGGAACAGAUGAGGCAAGGCCAAGUGCUGCACACACACAGUGAAUUUUCUAAAGAAGAAUACAAUUAUUAGGAGAUAUGCAUGAACUUUUAUUAUCUAGCAAUGCAGAUCCUUUGAUCAGACCAGUUUCGCUGCAGGCUCAUUCUUGAAUGAAGUAUGAUGUGGGUUACAGAGGAAACCAGUCAUAGUUUUGUUUGUUUAUACCCUAUCUACACACAUUAUAGUAAUGAAAUUUUACUCCUUUGUGUGGGUAAAAUAGAGUUCUAUAUGCAUAAUUGUUAGCAUUUUGUUUCUGAAUGUACAAAAUCCCAUAUGGAGAAAGCUUAUUUUACAUUACAAUUCUUUUUGUUUUCUUAGCACUUCAUCUAAAAAGCUUUUAAAGGAUCUACAAUAUCUCCAGAGUGCUACCAAAAACCUAAGAAACUUAGUGGAUUAUUUAGUUUCCAUCUUGAACACUGUCAUAUGCCAAACUAUACUUGGUUUUGAUUAUGAAUGAAUGGUUAUGAAUUUGCUUUCUCCCUCCUUUUUUUCUUUUUUCUCUGCCUGCCUGGCUGUCUUUCUAUUUUCCCUCCUCCAUUCCUCUUUUCCCUUCCCUUGUUUCUUCCUUUCCUUCCUGCCUGUCAGUGAACACAUGGUAAAAUCAUACUGAAAAUAGUUUUUAUCAUUUUAUUAUGUGAACUGACUACUGAUGCAGUUAGUUUUUUCUGUAGCUGACAUCUUCUUUCCUGAGCCAGUGCAUAUGUAACUAAAAUAUUUGACUUAGUUUUAAUAUGUGAAUAAUACUGAAAUUCAUGUUUCUUUUCAUUUAUUUUUACAUAUAGUGUAUUGUAGGUUUUGAUUCAGUUUUACUUUUUCAUUUUUAAAAUUUUAUGUUUUCAACUUUUCAACUUCAUUAACUGUUUUCUUUGUCUUUCUUAAAUUUUCUUCAUAUAUCCUUGUAUUUUUCCCUCUCCUAAUUUUUUCACUCAUAUUUGGGAAGGUAUGUAGACUGUAUAGCAUCUGUGUUGUCAUUUUUUGCACUAAGAUAUUUGUAGGCCAUUUUUGAAGUUGGCUGGUAGGAAAUGUAGAAAUUUCCAUUCGAUAAAAGAUACAGUGAUAAACAAUAAGUACAGUGCAACAUGGGAUAUAUAUACACACACAAAUGGACUUGAAUAAUAAUCACUUGUGAAAUGAAAGUUUACCUGCCUAAUAGGCCAUUAAAUUAUGAAACAAUGUGGUGAGCUGUUGACAAGUUCACUGUUUACUAGGAGGGAUUAAAUGCAAAAGAUUGUCAUAAGUGAUAAAACAAUUGUAAAUGUUGCUUUCCUAAAGUGAAAAUAAUCUCUUUGGAUUACCCUAAAUGAGAAAAAUCAUGAAAAAAGAUACAUUGCUUAUAUUCUUAUGUAACUUUACUGAGUUCAAAAGAGGUUGUAAAGAAAGAACGUGAGAGAGAAUUUGAUUGUAUAAAUCAAUUCUGCUUUUAUAGAGGUAAAGACAAUGAUGCAAUCCAAAAGCCAAUUCUAAAUUUUAUAGGAAAUAAUGUUUAAAACCCUUGGUAGAGAGGAAAACUAUUGGUUUUUAAAUUCAUUUUAGGAUUUCUAUUUGAUCUUUAAUUAUACACAGGUAUUUGUGCUUCUAAUCAAUAUAGUACAUAAUCAUUCAUCAAUUUCCAUAGUGAGUCUCCAAUUUAGAGCUAUUUUUAAUAUAUUAAUGAAAACAGAAAAACUAAAAUACCAUGUUCUUAUUUGUGAAUACUAAGAUAUUCAUUAUUAAUUUAAGAGAAAAUUUAAGUUGUAAUUAUAGGACUUGAUAGAAAGUUUAGUGUUUUUCAUUACUUAUAAGAAACCUUAAAAUACAGUACUUAUGGAUUUUUCAAAAUUUUUCAGUAACCUGAGAGGUUAACUAUGAAAUUGCUGUGUGCAGCUAGAAGUAAACCAAAGCUGACAACUCUAUUUUUAUCAAAAGACUUAGAUUCUCACAGGCAAUAACUAGUGCAUUCUUCCCCACAGAAUGCCUGUUUUUCUCUCCAUCUGCUACCUUCUGGAGUCCUAUCCAUUUUCCCAGCCUUUGUAAUGUGCUAUCACUUUUAUGGAACAUUUUUGUUAUAUUCAACCAAUUGUAAUCUCUUAUGUGUAAGCUCACAAAUAUUUCAGAUGUAUUUCUUGUUUAUUUCAUCAUUUAUAUUCUGGCUUAGGUUAUACUCAUUUAUGUUCUUAUCCAAUUCCCCUUCCAUAAAGGAUUCUUAACAUAUUACUUUAUCAUCUGUCUGGUUAACUAAACUCCCUCCUAUCAACUUCUGUACCCCUUACUCAAUUUUUAAAUUGAAUACCUACAUUUUAAGGAAUUGAAAUUUUGUAUUUGUAUCUUUAUUUGUGGUAAUUGAUACUUGUGUAUUUGUACAUAAAUAUCCAAAUACCCAUUUUUGCAGACUUAAAACAUUAAAAGUAAUUCUGCUUUAAAAAAAUUUAGAGGAACACUGAGUCUCUAUGAUACUACGAGGUUUUUUGAUGUUACAUUAAUUUUUUUUGCCUUCCUCCCCAUAGUGUUAUAUUCAUUUUUAAUCUUAUUUGUACUUCACAGAAUUACUGAUUUAAAGCAACACGAUAUUAUCUUUUUAGCCAAUUUUAUGGUUAAUUAUUGAAUUUCUCUUUCCAUUAUAUGUUUAUAAGAAAAACAUAUUUUAUAGAGUUGAGUUUGAAAUAGUAGACACACAAAAUAAUUUUAACAUAUUCUAAAUGAAAUAUCUAUUAUAUUUUUCUUCUUACUUGUAAUAAUGAAUGAUCCUUCAUUAGUAUGUAGAAGAUAUUUUAAUUCAUUAAAAAUUUAUUUUUAUAUUUAUUUAAGCAUCUAUUGACAAAACAAAAUAUAUUUCUGUUGCUGCAUUUUAUAAUUUUUCUAAGUAGGAUUCUUGUUCUACUUAAAAAUAUUUUUCUACUGACAAAGGAAUACCUUUUAGUCCUGAUACACUUUUUAAAUAUUAGGCUGUUUCUUUUUGUACUACCUGAUUGGUUUAAUAAACCUGAUGUGACAGAUAUAAGUAUAUACAACUUCUGUAACUGACAGAGCAAUAAAAGCAUCAUUGAACA